AUGGACCCUCAUUACCAUCAAGGCGGAAUGGACAAUCAGGGCAGAGCCAACGAGGAUGAGGCAAUGGGAGGGGUAGAAGAAACUAGUACACCACCAAUUGGUGGCUACAACAACUUUCAAGACUCACCACGAAGGCCUUCAGCCCCCUCCGAAAACUAUCCGCCAAAUGGCUCUUUCUCUCCUGGCAUGGACUCCGAUCCAAAUUCGCGGUAUCCAUCAAACAGUUCUCAAUACCAGCAACCACCGCAAUACUCGAAUUCAAGACCGGGCUCUGGGCUGUCAGGAGGAUACGGGCAUUCAGCAUACCAGGAUCAGAAUCAGAAUCAAAGAGCAUCGCAUCAGGAUCAGAGGACGCAGAAUAACGUUGUGAUUAAAGUGGGCAUGGUUGGAGACGCGCAAAUUGGCAAGACAAGUUUGAUGGUGAAAUACGUGGAAGGAAGCUGGGAUGAGGAUUACAUACAAACACUGGGCGUCAAUUUCAUGGAAAAGACAAUAUCGAUCCGCAACACUGAGAUAACAUUCUCUAUAUGGGAUCUUGGUGGUCAAAGGGAAUUUGUCAACAUGCUACCUUUAGUCUGUAACGACGCAGUCGCCAUACUCUUCAUGUUCGAUCUCACACGGAAAAGUACGCUCAAUUCGAUCAAGGAAUGGUACAGGCAAGGAAGAGGUUUUAACAAGACCGCUAUUCCAUUCUUGAUUGGUACGAAAUACGAUCACUUCAUAAAUUUUUCGAAGGAGGAGCAAGAAGAGAUAUCGACUCAGGCACGUCGUUUUGCCAAGGCUAUGCGUGCCAGCCUCAUCUUCAGUAGCACAAGCCACAGUAUCAAUGUCCAAAAGAUCUUCAAAAUCGUCCUCUCCAAAGCAUUUGAUCUCAAGUGCACCAUUCCAGAAAUUGAAAAUACAGGCGAGCCACUGCUUUUAUAUCAAGCUGUUGCGUGA